AUGGCUGGCGGCAAAGAUCGCGCCAUCGGAUCAUGGAAGACUAAUUGCGAUGCAGGAAAGACUGGAGGCAAGACAGGUGGAAAGGGUGAUUCGCACGUCAAGACCACCAAGUCGCACUCUGCCAAAGCUGGCCUUCAGUUCCCUUGCGGUCGCAUAAAGCGUCACCUUCGAACCAUCACGCGCCAGAAGACGCGCAUCGGCGCUAAAGCUUCCAUCUACCUGACCGCCGUCCUCGAAUAUCUGACUGCCGAAGUACUCGAACUGGCGGGCAAUGCUGCCAAGGAUCUCAAGGUCAAGCGUAUUACGCCGCGCCAUCUGCAGCUUGCGAUUAGAGGAGACGAGGAACUCGACACGCUCAUUCGCGCCACUAUCGCUUUCGGAGGUGUUCUACCACACAUCAACCGCGCGCUUUUGUUGAAGGUUGAACAGAAGAAGAAGGGCGCCAAAGUAGAGGCCUAA